GCAGAGGGAGCAGGAACAGUGCCAGCCUUGCUAGUGACGAAGCAGAUGUUGCAGACUCAGAGUGGGAGCGCACAGAGUCUCAGCGCAAUUCCAUUUCCAACUGCGCCUCAAUUGCUCCGUCUCUGUGUUCGGAUGGACACCUGUCCACGGUGGCGCCAGAGGACGUUUUCCUGGAUCACGCUGAUGAGCUGAAACCAGUGGAGCUUGACACAGAAGAGCCAGGGAACCUGACGAGGCAGCUUGUCAAGAGGCUGACAUCUUCAGAAAUCGUCUCACCAGCUGGGAGCUCAGCCGAGGGUGGAGGGAGCCUCGGCUGGGCAGGAGAAGGGAGCAGAGCUUUCCUGGAACACAGCCUGGAGGAGGCCAUUCACAGCCUGCUGACAAAGCUGGAGUCCCUGACCCAUCGCUGCAGGGAGCUGCAAGACCUGGAGCAGGAAGUGAUGCGUCUGGAGGACCUCCUCAAGUGCCGUCUGCCGGGUCACAGGAGUCGGUCGUCCAGCCUCAGCCUGACUGUGGAGAGCGCCCUGGAGAGUUUCGACUUCCUCAACACGUCCGACUUUGAUGACGAUGAUACCGGAGACGACAACACAGGCAUCUGCAGUCCCCCUCAAAAGUCUCCACCUUUGGAUGCUGUCACAGAAAGCAUUGAAAGCCAACACUCUGAGGCCAGAGGACACCUGAGCGAAGCCCUUACAGAGGACACUGGGGUUGGAAACAGCGUGGCAGGGAGUCCGAUGCCACUCACCACUGGAAACGAAAAUCUGGAUGUUGCCAUCGUUAUCCACCUUCAGUACUGCAUUCACCUCAUCCAGCUGUUGACCAGUGGGGUGGGUAUCUGGCAGCGCCGCAGUGUUCUCCUAAAACUAUCCAGGGAGACGCAGCUGCUGGAGGAGCUUGCAGAGAUCAACAUGGACCGGCUAGGAGCAGCCACCUCUGCUGCUGAUGUUCUCCCGAGCCUCACUGAGCGCCCCCAGCUGAUGACUCUGUGGUCAGAGUGUAGCGGCUCUGCUGGGCUCUUCCACACCACGCUAGACCGUGUCUUCAAACACAUGAACCAGCGCUACUCACCAUUGCUGCAGGAGAGACACCCACACAGCGCUGACACAG